AUGCGAACCUAUCUCCUCUGUCUCCUGCCUUGGGCCGCUGCGGUCACAGCAGCGGUUCUCCAGCCACGACAGGAUGUUGGCAAUGUCUCUUUACAGCACCCCGAGCUGUUCUCGCUUCACUGGCAGAUGCUUGAGCAGAACUCUACCUCUGGGUUCGAGACGCCUAUGGUCGAUUUCCUGUCGGGAUACCUCGAGGAGAAGGGAUUGACGGUAGAAUUGCAGCCAGUGCAGAACCCUAUUCUGGCAUACAAUGUCCGCCGGCAGAACAUAUAUGCAUACAUGGGCACGAAUCGCACAUGUCGCUUGAUCAUGAACUCGCAUACAGACGUCGUGCCCCCAUGGUACCCACCCUCAGAUAACGAUACCGACAUCUUCGGCCGUGGCGCAAAUGACGCCAAGGGCUCAAUCGCAGCACAAGUUAUCGCCUUCCUCGAACUUCAAGAUGCCGGUGUCCUCCGAGAUGGCGACGUCUGUCUUUUAUACGAUGUGGGCGAGGAGCGCUAUGGCGAUGGGAUGCAGACUUUUGUCGACUCCCUGACCUGGAAGCCCGAAUUCAUUAUGACCGGUGAGCCUACGGAGUCUUUCCAGGCGACAGGACAUAAAGGGUCGAUCAAUAUUAAUGUCACUGCAAUUGGAGAGACGGCUCAUUCGUCUGUGCCGCAGUACGGGCGGAAUGCUAUACUGGAGAUCAUGGACUUUCUGCCGAAGCUGCUCGAUCUGACCAGUACUUUUCCUUUGGAUUCGUUCCACGGUAAUACAACUUUGUCAUUAUCCUCGAUCACCGGAGGCACCAUCUCAAACCAGGUCGCUGAUCGUGCAAUGGCCGUUGUCAACUCUCGUGUCGGAGUGCCGGCAAAGCAGAUUUGGGACAUCAUCACUUCACAAGUCGGCGAUGUACCAAAUAUCUACAUCUCGAGGAUUGGAGACUCGUCCAAUCCGCUUGCCAUGGAUGUCAUUGAGGGCUGGAGGCCAAAGAAGAUUAUGCCAUAUGGCACUGAUCUUGGUGCGUGGACGGUGGAUAACUUGAAGUUCCUGAUGGGUGUGGGAUCCAUUGCUACUGCACAUUCUGCGUGA